GUGCGUUCCACAUACUGGAAGUGAGUUUUCAUCGACUGCUGCAGCUUUCCAGUGUCCGUUGAGAUCAGGGUUACACAGUAGUGAAGAAGAUCUCUGGUGAGUGUGAGACACCCAGCAGCCAUCCUCGUGUGUCAGGUGGACUAAGCAGGACCCACAGCCCCACCACAGUGCGUCCACCUCACUCACUAAUACAUGAGAGACACAGUGACCAGAAGAUCCUGGAACUCACCAACAAGAUCAUUCAGCUCCUGAUAGGAGAGGAAGGGGAGUAUAUAGAGGAACACAGGGGUCUAUACAAGGACGUGAUGAUGGAGAAUCACCGGCCCCUCACAUCACUGGAUGGGCACAGUAACAGAGAUACCCCAGAGAGAUGUCCCCGUCCUCUGUAUUCCCAGGAUUGUACAGAGGAGAAUCACAGGAUCCCACAGGAGGAUCAGGUAGAACGUCUGUCUGAUAUUAAGGCAGAAGAUAUAGAGGAAGAAGAAGAGACGUAUGUGAUGGAUAUAAAGGCAGAAGAUAUAGAGGGAGAAGAAGAGACGUAUGUGACUACUAUAAAGGCAGAAGAUAUAGAGGGAGAAGAAGAGACGCAUGUGACUGAUAUGAAGGCAGAAGAUAUAGAGGGAGAAGAAGAGACGUAUGUGACUGAUAUAAAGGCAGAAGAUAUAGAGGGAGAAAAAGAGACGUAUGUGACUGAUAUAAAGGCAGAAGAUAUAGAGGGAGAAGAAGAGACAUAUGUGACUGAUAUAAAGGCAGAAGAUAUAGAGGGAGAAGAAGAGAAGUAUGUGACUGAUAUGAAGGCAGAAGAUAUAGAGGGAGAAGAAGAGACGUAUGUGACUGAUAUAAAGGCAGAAGAUAUAGAGGGAGAAGAAGAGACGUAUGUGACUGAUAUAAAGGCAGAAGAUAUAGAGGGAGAAGAAGAGACGUAUGUGAGGGGUGAUCAGCAGUGUAAGGAGGAGGAGAUCCCUACAGAUAUCAGCACAGCAGAUGGACACACAAGCAGGAAUAUCUCAGAAGGAUAUCUAAUGUUAUCCCCGGAUUGCGAAAUAAGAGAUAAUGACAGUAGACAGGAUUCUCCAGGAGAUAACCCCAUUACCCCAAUUAUACAUCUAGCUCUAUCAGCUGGUCCCCCUGAUCCUAGGAAAUGUUCUCCUGAUCACUCUGAUAUUGGUGCAUCUGUUACAGCUCUGAGAGUAGAUACAGAGUUUCCAUGUGCUAUAGAUGCCAAAUGUGUUACACAGAAUACAAAGCCUAUUAACCCACACACAGGUAAGGCAGGUGGAAGGCCACUGAUAUGUUCAGAGUGUGGGAAAUGUUUUACAAAUAAAUCAUAUCUUGUUAUACAUCAGAGAAGUCACACAGGUGAGAAGCCAUUUCCAUGUUCUGAGUGUGGGAAAUGUUUUGCAUACAAAUCAUAUCUUGUUAGACAUCAGAGAAGUCACACAGCUGAGAGGCCAUUUCCAUGUUCUGAGUGUGGGAAAUGUUUUGCAUACAAAUCACAUCUUGUUAAACAUCAGCAAAGUCACACAGGUGAGAAGCCAUUUCCAUGUUCUGAGUGUGGGAAAUGUUUUGCACACAAAUCAGAUCUUGUUAUACAUCAAAGAAGUCACACAGGUGAGAGGCCAUUUUCUUGCUCUGAGUGUGGGAAAUGUUUUACAAAGAAAUCAUAUCUUGUUAUACAUCAGAGAAGUCACACAGGUGAGAAGCCAUUUCCAUGUUCUGAGUGUGGGAAAUGUUUUGCAUACAAAUCAUAUCUUGUUAGACAUCAGAGAAGCCACACAGCUGAGUGGCCAUUUCCAUGUUCUGAGUGUGGGAAAUGUUUUGCAUACAAAUCACAUCUUGUUAAACAUCAGCAAAGUCACACAGGUGAGAAGCCAUUUCCAUGUUCUGAGUGUGGGAAAUGUUUUGCACACAAAUCAGAUCUUGUUAUACAUCAAAGAAGUCACACAGGUGAGAGGCCAUUUUCUUGCUCUGAGUGUGGAAAAUGUUUUAUCCAGAAAUUACAUCUUGUUAUACAUCAAAGAAGUCACACAGGUGAGAAGCCAUUUCCAUGUUCUGAGUGUGGGAAAUGUUUUGCACACAAAUCAGAUCUCGUUAGACAUAACAGACAUCACACAGGUGAGAAGCCAUUUUCUUGCUCGGAGUGUGGGAAAUGUUUCGCACUCAAAUCAGAUCUUGUUUUACAUCAGAGACAUCACACAGGGGAGAAGCCAUUUCCAUGUUCUAAGUGUGGGAAAUGUUUCGCAAACAGAUCAGAUCUUAUUAAACAUCAGAGACGUCACACAGGUGAGAAGCCAUUUCCAUGUUCUGAGUGUGGGAAAUGUUUCGCACACAGAUCAGAUCUUAUUAAACAUCAGAGAUGUCACACAGGUGAGAAGCCAUUUCCAUGUUCUGAGUGUGGGAAAUGUUUUGCACGCAAAUCAUAUCUUGUUAUACAUCAGAGACGUCACACAGGUGAGAAGCCAUUUCCAUGUCCUGAGUGUGGGAAAUGUUUUGUACACAAAUCAGAUCUUGUUAUGCAUCAGAGAAGUCACACAGGUGAGAAGCCAUUUCCAUGUUCUGAGUGUGGGAAAUGUUUCGCACACAGAUCAGAUCUUAUUAAACAUCAGAGAUGUCACACAGGUGAGAAGCCAUUUCCAUGUUCUGAGUGUGGGAAAUGUUUUGCAUACAAAUCACAUCUUGUUAUACAUCAGAGACGUCACACAGGUGAGACGCCAUUUCCAUGUCCUGAGUGUGGGAAAUGUUUUGUACAUAAAUCAGAUCUUAUUAUACAUCAGCGAAGUCACACAGGUGAGAAGCCAUUUCCAUGUACUGAGUGUGGGAAUUGUUUUGCACACAAAUCAGAUCUUGUUAAACAUCAGAGACGUCACACAGGUGAGAAGCCAUUUUCUUACUCUGAGUGUGGGAAAUGUUGUUUAACCACUUAACUAUUUAUUUAGUAAAAAAACGCUUCCGGUCCCUCUGACAGCAGCAGCAGAGGGAAGUUUAUCUUCCCUGCCGCUGCUAACACUAUCUGACUGGUCGCAUCCCGUGCCACCAGGUCAGAUAGAGCACUUGCAGGCAUGGUUAAGUAAAUCACAUCUUGUUAGACAUCAGCGAAGUCACACAGGUGAGAAGCCAUUUCCAUGUUCUGAGUGUGGGAAAUGUUUUGUACACAGAUCAGAUCUUGUUAAACAUCAGGGACGUCACACAGGUCAGAGGCCAUUUCCAUACAUAAAUCAGCACAAUAGAAAUCACUCAGGUGAGAAACCAUUUUAAACUUCUGCAGUAUACUUAUCAUUGCCAUGCGAUGUUCUUCAAGGUUCUUUCUCUUAUGUCCUAGAGGAUGCUGGG